CUCGGGUAAGGGAGCCGUGGCACUUGGGGAAAACUUGGCAAGAUGGCCCGGCGCUGACUGUCUGGCGCGCACGGUCCCCUGCAGCAGCAGCGCGGAGGCCCAUGGCGGUGGCCGAGCUCUACGCGCAGUACAACAGGGUUUGGAUCCCUGAUCCUGAGGAAGUCUGGAAGUCGGCUGAAAUUGAAAAGGACUACAGAGUUGGUGACCGAGUCCUCCGACUCCUGCUAGAGGAUGGAACGGAGCUGGACUACCCUGUUGACCCAGGGUCACUGCCUCCACUUAGAAACCCGGACAUCCUUGUGGGUGAGAAUGACCUCACAGCCCUCAGCUACCUCCACGAGCCAGCAGUGCUGCAUAACCUCAGAAUCCGCUUUGCAGAGUCCAAGCUCAUCUAUACCUACAGCGGAAUCAUCCUGGUGGCCAUGAACCCUUACAAACAGCUGCCCAUCUAUGGGGAUGCCAUCAUCCAUGCCUACAGCGGACAGAACAUGGGUGACAUGGACCCACACAUCUUUGCCGUCGCAGAGGAGGCUUACAAGCAGAUGGCCAGGAACAAUAGAAAUCAGUCCAUAAUCGUGAGUGGGGAGUCAGGAGCUGGGAAGACUGUUUCUGCACGCUACGCCAUGAGGUACUUUGCCACUGUCAGCAAAUCCAGCAGCAACACCCACGUGGAGGACAAAGUCCUGGCAUCCAAUCCCAUCACUGAGGCUGUUGGAAAUGCCAAGACUACCCGCAAUGACAACAGCAGUCGGUUUGGGAAAUACACAGAAAUCAGCUUUGAUGAGAGAAAUCAGAUCAUCGGUGCCAAUAUGAGAACCUACCUCCUGGAGAAAUCCAGAGUUGUCUUUCAGUCAGAAAAUGAACGGAAUUACCACAUCUUCUAUCAGCUCUGUGCAUGCGCGCAACAGUCAGAAUUUAAACAUCUUAAACUAGGGAGUGCUGAGGAGUUCAACUACACGAGAAUGGGAGGUAACACUGUCAUUGAGGGUGUAAGUGACAGAGCUGACAUGGCAGAGACGCAGAAGACCUUCACACUGCUGGGUUUCAAGGAAGAUUUUCAGAUGGAUGUUUUCAAGAUCCUCGCCGCCAUCCUACAUCUGGGUAAUGUGCAGGUCACCACCGUGGCCAACGAGAGGUCUUCAGUCAGUGAGGAUGACAGUCACCUGAAGGUAUUCUGUGAGCUCUUGGGCCUGGAGUCUAGCAAAGUGGCUCAGUGGCUAUGCAAUAGAAAAAUCAUGACUACCUCGGAGACUGUGGUAAAGCCCAUGACCAGGCCUCAGGCCAUCAAUGCCAGAGACGCACUGGCCAAAAAGAUCUACGCUCACCUGUUCGACUUCAUUGUAGAGAGAAUCAACCAGGCCCUGCACUUCUCAGGCAAGCAGCACACUUUUAUUGGCGUUUUGGACAUUUAUGGUUUUGAGACCUUUGAUGUCAACAGCUUUGAACAGUUCUGCAUCAAUUAUGCUAAUGAAAAGCUGCAGCAGCAGUUUAACCUGCACGUCUUUAAACUUGAGCAAGAGGAAUACAUGAAGGAAGACAUCCCUUGGACUCUGAUAGACUUCUAUGACAAUCAACCCGUUAUUGACCUGAUUGAAGCAAAAAUGGGCAUUUUGGAGUUGUUGGAUGAAGAAUGCUUGUUGCCUCAUGGAACGGAUGAAAACUGGCUUCAAAAGCUGUACAACAAUUUCAUCAACAAGAACCCUUUAUUCGAAAAGCCCAGAAUGUCAAACACAUCCUUCAUCAUCCAGCACUUCGCUGAUAAGGUGGAGUACCAGUGUGAAGGCUUCCUGGAGAAGAACAGAGACACUGUCUAUGACACGCUGGUUGAAAUCCUCAGAGCGAGCAAGUUUCAUCUCUGCGCCGCCUUUUUCCAAGAAAACCCUGCUCCGUCUUCUCCCUUUGGUGCAACGAUCACAGUUAAAUCUGCAAAGCAGGUCAUCAAGCCAAACAGCAAGCACUUCCGGACCACAGUCGGGAGCAAGUUCCGCAGCUCUCUGUACUUGCUCAUGGAAACCCUCAAUGCCACCACACCCCACUACGUUCGGUGCAUCAAGCCAAAUGAUGGGAAGUUGCCCUUUGAGUUUGACUCCAAACGAAUCGUCCAGCAGUUGCGAGCCUGUGGUGUUUUAGAAACAAUUCGCAUCAGUGCCCAGAGCUACCCUUCCAGGUGGACAUACCUGGAGUUCUACAGUCGCUAUGGCAUCCUCCUGACCCAGCAGGAGAUGUCCCUCAGUGAUAAGAAGGAGGUGUGCCAGGUGGCUUUGCACAGGCUCAUCCAGGAUUCUAACCAAUACCAGUUUGGUAGAACCAAAAUUUUCUUCAGAGCAGGACAAGUGGCUUAUUUAGAGAAACUCCGCUUGGAUAAACUGAGGCAGGAUUGUAUUAUGAUUCAAAAGCAUGUGCGGGGCUGGCUGCAGAGGAAGAAGUUCCUCCGAGAGAGACAAGCUGCCCUGACAAUCCAGCAGUACUUCCGGGGUCAGAAAACAGUGAGGAAGGCCAUCACCGCCACUGCUUUGAAGGAGGCCUGGGCAGCCAUCAUCCUCCAGAAACAUUGCCGAGGGUACCUGGUCCGCAACCUGUACCAGUUGAUCCGAGUGGCCACCAUCACCAUCCAGGCCCACACAAGGGGCUUCCUGGCCAGGAGGCAGUACCACAAGUUGCUGCAGGAGCACAAGGCUGUGAUCCUUCAGAAGUACGCGAGGGCAUGGCUGGCCCGGCGCAGGUUCCAGAGCAUCCGAAGGUUUGUGCUCAACAUCCAGCUGACUUACAGGGUCCAGCGUUUGCAGAAGAAGUUGGAGGACCAGGGCAGAGAGAACCACGGACUGGUGGAGAAGCUGACCAGCCUGGCCGCUCUGCGGGCUGGCGACCUGGAAAAGAUUCAGAAGCUGGAAGCGGAGCUGGAAAGAGCAGCCAGCCACCGACACAGCUAUGAAGAGAAGGGCAGGAGAUACAGGGACACAGUGGAGGAGAGACUGUCAAAGCUGCAGAAGCACAAUGCAGAGCUGGCGUUGCAGAAAGAGCAGGCAGAGCAGACGCUGCAAGAGAAGACUCAGGAGCUGAAAGAAAAAAUGGACAAGCUCACCAGGCAGCUCUUCGAUGACGUGCAAAAAGAGGAGCAGCAAAGACUACUCCUUGAAAAAAGUUUUGAACUGAAAACACAAGCCUAUGAGAAGCAGAUAGAGUCUCUGAGAGAAGAAAUUAAAGCCCUCAAGGACGAGAGGACACAGCUCCAUCAUCAGCUGGAGGAGGGACGGGUCACCUCUGACAGCCUGAAGGGGGAGGUGACUCGCCUGAGCAGGCAGGCAAAGACCAUCUCAGAGUUUGAGAAGGAGAUAGAGCUGCUGCAGGCCCAGAAGAUAGAUGUGGAAAAGCACGUGCAGUCACAGAAACGGGAGAUGAGAGAACGGAUGUCAGAGGUCACCAAACAGCUUCUGGAGAGCUAUGACAUUGAAGAUGUUAGAAGCAGGCUCUCUGUGGAAGAUCUGGAACACUUAAAUGAAGAUGGAGAACUUUGGUUUGCCUACGAAGGACUAAAGAAAGCAACUCGUGUUCUGGAGAGCCAUUUCCAGUCUCAGAAGGAUGGCUACGAAAAAGAGAUUGAAGGUCUGAACUUCAAAGUAGUGCACCUGAGCCAAGAAAUCAACCACCUACAGAAACUGUUCAGAGAAGAGACGGGCAUCAAUGAAAGCAUCCGUCACGAAGUCACCAGGCUGACAUCAGAAAACAUGAUGAUUCCAGACUUCAAGCAGCAGAUUGCAGAGCUGGAGAGGCAGAAGCAGGACCUUGAGUCCCGCCUGAAAGAGCAGACAGAGAAGAUGGAAGGAAGGCUGGAAGAGUCAUCAGGUCACCUAAAUCGAGCCCGAGAAGAGGAAGGAAUACAGGCCAAGGCGAUGGAAGCUGAAGGGAAAGAGAGGCCGAUCCAAGAACUGCAGGAGGCCGGCGAGUUCCUGAAGGAGCAGUCAGAAGCUGAAGGGGAAGUCAGUCGUGUUCUCCAGCAAGAGGCCUCUCGGCUGUCUUUGGAGAACAGGGAUCUUGAGGAAGAAUUGGACCUGAAGGACAGAGUGAUUAAAAAGCUACAGGAUCAAGUCAAGACCUUGACCAAGACAAUUGAAAAAGCCAACGAUGUACACCUGCCCUCAGGACCCAAAGAGUACCUCGGAAUGCUGGAGUACAAGAAAGAAGACGAGGCCAAGAUCAUUCAGAACCUAAUUCUUGACCUGAAGCCCCGAGGUGUGGUGGUAAACAUGAUCCCCGGGCUGCCAGCUCACAUCCUGUUCAUGUGUGUGCGGUAUGCAGACUCCCUAAACGAUGCCAACAUGCUCAAGUCCCUCAUGAACAGUGCCAUCAACGGCAUCAAGCACGUGGUUAAGGAACAUUUUGAAGAUUUGGAGAUGCUGUCCUUCUGGCUGUCCAACACUUGUCAUUUCCUCAACUGCCUGAAGCAGUACAGUGGGGAAGAGGAAUUCAUGAAGUAUAACAGCCCACAGCAGAAUAAGAACUGCUUGAACAAUUUUGAUCUUACAGAAUACAGACAGAUUCUGAGUGAUGUGGCUAUUCGGAUUUAUCACCAGUUCAUCGUUGUGAUGGAAAACAGCAUCCAGCCAAUAAUAGUGCCAGGCAUGCUGGAGUACGAGAGUCUGCAGGGCAUUUCCGGCCUGAAGCCCACUGGUUUCCGGAAGCGCUCAUCCAGCAUUGAUGACACAGAUGCCUACACCAUGACAUCUGUGCUGCAGCAGCUGAGCUACUUCUACAGCACCAUGUGUCAGAACGGCCUGGACCCCGAGCUCGUGAGGCAGGUGGUGAAGCAGCUGUUCUACCUCAUCGGGGCGGUGACCCUCAACAGCCUCCUCCUGCGGAAGGACAUGUGCUCCUGCAGGAAGGGGAUGCAGAUCAGGUGCAACAUCAGCUACUUAGAAGAAUGGCUGAAAGAUAAGAAUUUGCAGAACAGCUCAGCCAAGGACACUCUGGAGCCCCUCUCCCAGGCAGCCUGGUUGCUCCAGGUCAAGAAGACCACAGACAGCGAUGCCAAGGAGAUCUCUGAAUGCUGCACCUCCCUGUCUGCAGUGCAGAUCAUAAAGAUCCUUAAUUCAUACACACCUAUAGACGACUUCGAGAAAAGAGUCGCUCCAUCCUUUGUUCGCAAAGUACAGGCUCUUCUGAAUAACCGGGGUGACUCAUCCCAGCUGAUGCUGGACGCCAAAUACCUUUUUCAAGUCACAUUUCCUUUCACCGCCUCACCGCACGCCCUGGAGAUGACCCAGAUCCCCAGCAGCUUCAAGCUCGGCUUUCUCCGGAGACUGUAGCAGGGGAAGAGCUGGGUAGAGGUUCCCUGGAGCCCUGAGGGCAGGUCCAACAGAGGGGCGUGCAUUCACCAGAGCCAGGGCUGUGAUGGAGUCUGAGGAGGGAAGCCCACGCCUCACCUGUCUCCAGUGAUGCCAUGCAGCCGGCUGGCAUGGGGAAAGUUCUUGCUUCUGAUCUCAGUGACUAUGGCUGCAACUCCUGAAGGCCCAGUUUUAUUCCCAGUGCCUUUGUGUAUCCCCCUACCCACAUAUAUGAGUGAAAUCUGGGGGCACUGCCGCUCCCCAGGUUUCUAAGGUUCCCGUGAAGUCAGGAGAUGCUUAUGAAGCCACAGGUGAGUUCCGUGCCUGGACCUUCUGUGAAAAACUCCCACUUGGCCGCUGGAACAAAGUCUUCUUGACCAUUGCAGCUGGCGGG